AUGACGGACCCAGGCAAGUUCCUGAUCCUCGACACGAAGUUGCUUUCGGCAUUGACAAAGGUAGCACGGGGCGAGCUUGCACGGGAGAUCCUAAUCCUCAAGGAAACGGAGGCUAAGACCAACGAGAAAGUGGGAUCGUUGUACUCGGUUCAGGAUUUGCUUAAGGUUCGUCUGUUGAAUGAUGACUUGAGUACAUUCCUUAGCAACUGGGAGGGUGUGAUCUCUGGCUUGAGCCACAUGCCUGACGAAACAACUCUGAGGGACAUCUUUUUGAGAGAACUCAGACAGUCUAAAAAGAUUAAGUACGACUUUGAAAUCUACGACAGGGCCAAGGAGGGUAGCGAACAGCACACUUACUUGUUCUUGAAGAACUCCAUCAAGGAGAUGUUGACAAGGGAACGCAAGUGCAAGAACAGAGAUCGCAUAGCUCGUUCUCAUGGGGACAAGUAUGGUGCUGCAGCUUCGCCACGCUCCGCCAGCCCCUCACGAAGAGGUGGCCGUGAGAAAUCGCAAAGCCCUAGAGGUUCAAGGCCCCGCAGUCCAGGCAGAGGUAGAUCACCAAGCCCGAACAAGUCACGAUCCACAGGCCCGAAAGGGUAUGUUACGACUUCCUGA